AGUUACAGUUCAGUACCGAAACUCAAUAUAUCUUUAGAUUUAUAACCUAAAAUUAUUUUUUUGACAUAAGUCUUCAAAAUAUUGAUGGAAUAUUACAUUUUAACACCUAAAAUUUUUUGUAUUACAUUUUGGUACCUAAACUUUUGAAGUUCUACAGAUAGGUCUAAUUCUUGUAUGUAUAAUUAAAUCACCCUUGAAUAAAUGGGUAUCCAUACCCAACUUACAAAUUUAAAUUAUGGAAGUAAAUAUUCAUAUCCUACCCAAACCCAUCUACGAACUUUCAACAUCAUAUAUUACUUACAAAACUGCUAACAAAAAAAUAAUUUUAGGCCAAUAAUAUUAACAAAACUCUAUAACGGGCCACAUAAUACAUGCCAAUAGGCCAUCUCUACUCCGCGACAAGACGCGUCAUCGCCACCUAGUAUAAAUAAAUGUAAGGAGGAUAUUAAAAAUAUAUCUCCUCUUUCCCCGAACCAUACUCUUCAUUCUUUUCUACUACAGUAAUCGCAUACAAACUAAGACCACCACUUGGAUGCAUAAAAAGUCUCCUCUCCCUUCAGAUCACUGAACGCCACAUGUGUGUCUAGUCUGGUCCAGUAAACAAAACAACAACGGAGAGUUGAAGCAGAAGAAUAGUAUACGAAGCCAACCGGCGCUAUAGGAGACAGCUGACACAUUCAAACUUGGAGUCGCUAACUAAAAUAUACAUAUAUCUAAUGCUGCCUCCAAAACUCUGCAGGAUCUCCACUCUGUACAGCUUGACUUUUUUUUUUCUUUUUUUUUUUCUUUGAUACACAUAUUACCGCUUGACUUGACCCACCCACCCCCAGAGCCCCAUCUUUCCCAUUGCAGCUUGUUACCUCUCUACAGCUCCCCCGGGCCGGGAUUAUAAAUACUAGACUCCCCAAUCUCAUUUCCUUCAGGGAAAGUAGCUAGCUAUCUUCAGCUUGCAACAAGUUCCCCAUACUCACUUAUUAAUUCAUUAUUAUUGUUGAUCGGAUCAAUAUAUAUAUAUUUAUAUAUUCACUCCGGCCAGGGAUCUGCCACCAACCCCUCCGCCGCAAGCUAAGCAAAUGGAGUACUCCCUCCUCCAAACCGUUCUCUACCUCGCCCUCCCUCUUCUCCUCCUCCUCCUUCCCAUCCUCACGCGCCGCCGCAGCCGCCUCCCACUCCCGCCUGGGCCCAAGGGCCUGCCCAUAAUCGGUAACAUGCUGAUGAUGGACCAGCUCACUCAUCGCGGGCUUGCCAAGUUAGCCCAGCAGUGGGGCGGAAUCUUCCACAUGAAGAUGGGGAACCUCCACAUGGUGACGGUGUCGUCCCCGGAAGUGGCGCGGCAGGUCCUGCAGGUUCAGGACAACAUCUUCUCCAACCGCCCCGCCAACAUCGCAAUCAGCUACCUCACCUACGACCGCUCCGACAUGGCCUUCGCCCACUACGGUCCUUUCUGGCGCCAGAUGCGCAAAAUCAGCGUCAUGAAGCUCUUUAGCCGCAAGCGGGCCGAGUCCUGGGAGUCCGUCCGAGACGAGGUCGACUCCAUGGUCUCCACCGUUGCCGCCAACGCCGGCAAGCCCAUGAACGUCGGGGAGCUCAUCUUCACCCUCACCAUGAACAUCACGUACCGGGCGGCGUUCGGCUCCAAGAACGAGGGCCAGGACGAGUUCAUCAAGAUUCUCCAGGAGUUCUCCAAGCUGUUUGGGGCUUUCAACAUUGCUGAUUUCAUCCCCGGGCUAGGAUGGAUGGAUCCACAGGGCCUCAACUCUAGGCUUGUCAAGGCCAGAGGUGCUCUUGAUAUAUUUAUUGAUAAAAUCGUGGACGAGCACCUGGAGAAGAGGAGGCUGAACCAGGCGGACGAUCCUAACCCGGACAUGGUGGACGACUUGCUGGCUUUCUACGACGACCAAGAUGCCAACGACAACAACAACAAAGCUACCGAUAACUCCGCCGACUCACUCAAGCUCACCAAAGACAACAUCAAAGCCAUCAUCAUGGAUGUGAUGUUUGGUGGGACUGAAACGGUGGCGUCAGCAAUCGAGUGGGCUAUGGCUGAACUGAUGAAGAGCCCAGAGGACCUGCGAGUGGUUCAGCAAGAGCUGGCGGAGGUUGUCGGUCUGGACCGCCGGGUCGAAGAGAGUGACUUUGAGAAGCUGAGCUUCCUGAAAUGCACGCUCAAGGAGACGUUGCGCCUCCACCCGCCGAUCCCGCUGCUCCUUCACGAGACGGCGGAGGAUGCGGAGGUGUGCGGCUAUUCCGUCCCGAAGAGGUCGCGGGUGAUGAUCAAUGCGUUCGCCAUCGGACGCGACCGGAACUCGUGGUCGGAACCGGACGUGUUCAAGCCGGCCAGGUUUCUCAAGGAAGGGAUGCCGGACUUCAAGGGGAGCAAUUUCGAGUUCCUGCCGUUCGGGUCGGGUCGGAGGUCCUGUCCGGGGAUGCAGCUGGGUCUGUACGCGCUGGAUCUCGGGGUGGCCCACUUGCUUCACUGCUUUAAAUGGGAGCUGCCCGACGGGAUGAAGCCUAAUGAUUUGGAUAUGAGUGAUGUUUUCGGACUCACCGCUCCCCGGGCCACCCGACUCGUGGCUGUGCCCACCCCGAGAUUGACCUGCCCGCUGUAACUAGCUGGCUGCAAGGAAUUUGAAUGGGGUUAAAUUUCAUUCUUGUUUUGUUUGUUUGACUGUUAUGCCUUUAUUUUCUCUUUCUUUUGUGGAUGAGUUUUUUUCACUUUUUUCUUUUUCUGAAACAAAAAUACUAUAUAUAUAUAUAUAUAUAUAUGUAUCAAGUACGAAUGAUGCAGAUACUUCUGGAAGGGGCCGAACAAAAUAGCUAGAGUCGGGGGGAAAAAUAACCAAGGAAUAAAUAUGGCAAAACAAAUUCUUGUUUGUUUUCUUCUUCUCCGCUGAUCUUGUACAUGCGGGAUCUUGGAUGUAAAAGAAUUCAUUUGUCUUUAUCAACGCUUCGUCAGUUUCUUACCACUGGUCCAAUGAUGCCCACAUCUGAUCUGAUCUGAUCGGGGAACCUACAAUUUGUAUGGUCUAUACUCUAUACAACACGUUUGUGGCUGUAUUCAACCGACCUCAAUUAACAAGGAAAAAAGCG